AAAAAAUACCCAGUCUCAGAAUUUCUGCUGGCGAAAAUUUCUCGGUGCCUCCAGUAGGCUGAUACAACUGAUGUACUUUUUGUGAAAUUUUUACGGAAUUUGCGCAUAUAAUGUCAGCAGGUGUUUUGGCAUAUUUCACUGUAUGGGUAAUUUUAAUUUCGAAUCCAUACACUGCUGUUGGGAUAACACACAAGCGACUGAUGCUGAAUCAAACAGCAUCACGUUUCAGCAGCAGCAAGGACGCAAGUAGUGUCCAGUACUUCCAGGAUCUCUUGAAUCAUUUGAAUGUGUCUGCCCUGUCAAAGGUUUUUGGUCUGGAUAACAGGAUGUGGCAGCAUGAACAAACUCACAAGCUGCUCUUUGAUUUCCGAUAUGCUGAUGACUUGCAAAACUGGGUGGAGUUUUCUGACACUAUGCAUCAUUUGGGAAAUUCAAAAGCUGUCCUCACCCUGAUCAGAACCAGGAAAUCCCAGAGAGGUGUUUUGUUCACACUGCUGAAUGAAAAGGAUAAUGCUGGGACCUCUUUUGCUGGGGUUCAAAUGAAACUGACCCCACAAGAUUUGUCCACCUUCACUGGGAUACAACUCAGGGUUAGGGUACAAGGCCAGUACAGCAGACUCAAAGUGAUUCUGAGGAAUGACGUUGACCCUUUCUAUCCUCAAUUUGAGCUCUUCAAAUCACUUCCACCAAACGGAUUGGACAUGGUGGACCUCCACUACCCAUUCUGCCACUUCCAGCCGUACGUAAGAAGAGUGGGUCCAUUGGACGGCUUGGUGUCACUAGACCUCACCAACAUCAUCGACAUCACCCUGACGGCUUUCGGCGGAGUCUUCUUGGGCACCAGAAACAUCGGAUCGGCAGCAUUCGAGAUAGAAUGGAUCAGCGUUUAUCGUGAAAGUCCUCCAUUCAUUCCUCAAGGCAGCCACAUGUCAUCGAUUCGCAGCGAAAAUCCCCUGGACAAUUUUCGGCACAACAAUAUACAUUAGUUCUCAUUUCUGGGAGCCACGCUGAGGCGACAUCUACGAAAGGCGGAG